GAGAACAAGAGGCUGCUGAAGACAAAACUUCUCUGCAAGCACCUGUGCACAGCAAUGUGCGUGGGCAUCUGUGAGAAGAAGAGAAUCUGUGAAGUUUGAGCAAGCGGCCUUCCCAAGAUGUACCGAAUAUCUCAACUGAUGUCAACACCAGUAGCAAGUUCUUCCAGGUCGGAAAGAGAAUAUGCUGGAGAGCUGUCUCCCACGUGCAUUUUCCCAAGUUUCACCCGUGAUUCCCUGGAUGGUGACCAUUCUUUUGAAUGCAGAUCCAUAGAUCCCCUGACAGGCUCCCACUAUACCUGUCGCCGAAGUCCCAGACUCCUCACCAAUGGCUACUAUAUUUGGACCGAAGACAGCUUCCUGUGUGACAAAGAUGGCAACAUUACUCUGAACCCAUCCCAGACCAGUGUUAUGUACAAAGAGAACUUAGUUAGGAUAUUUAGAAAGAAAAAGAGAAUCCGCCAUCCUUUUUCUUCCCUCUUCAACCUCAGUACCUCCAAAUCUUGGCUGCAUGGAAGUAUCUUUGGUGACAUCAACUCUUUUCCAAGUGAAGACAACUGGUUGGAGGGGAUCAGGAGGUUGGACACAGACCAUUGCAAUGGAAAUGAUGUGACUUUGCUCCUCCUUGCCUUCCACCAUGAUUGUGAGGCCUCCCCAGCCAUGUGGAAUUCAGAUGAUUUAGACUGUUCUUCUCUGACUGGUGACUGGGAGUCAGGGAAGAUGAAUGCAGAGUCUGUGAUCACCUCCUCUUCCAGCCACAUCAUAUUUCAGCCUUCUGGAGGAAACUCCCACAGCUUGUCUCUUCAGUCCCAGUUGACAGCUUCUGAACGUUUCCAAGAGAAUAGUUCGGAUCAUUCAGAAACCAGUUUGUUGCAAGAGGUCUUCUUUCAGGCAAUCCUGCUUGCUGUGUGCUUAAUCAUUUCUGCAUGUGCAAGAUGGUUUAUGGGAGAAAUAUUAGCCAGUGUCUUCACAUGCUCAUUGAUGAUAACUAUAGCUUAUGUGAAAUCAUUGUUUCUCCGCCUUGCCAGCUAUUUCAAAACCACUGCCUGUGCUCGGUUUGUCAAAAUUUGACAACCAUUUAGGAAUGCCUUCGAUGAAUGUCCUCCAUCUGAACAUCCGGAAAUUGUCCAACUUGCAGUCUACUUGGAAUCAAGUGUUUUAUUGGAAGGGAGUAAGCGAGUAAUUGAGAAAAAGCCAUUUUAGUUUGACUAUGUGAUUUUAAAAUGAUCUCAGUUUUUCCAUCAAAAUUAUAAUAUGCUCAUGAAAAUAAUAUUAAUUUGCCUUCCUUUUGCAAACACCAGCAGUUGAAAGGAAAAGGACGGGGAAUGUGAUGGAAAAGAGACCGCCUGGAACAAAUGUCCCCCUAUGAUUCUCUAAGGCAGUGGUUCUUGAGCUUGAAUUUUCAUUAGGAAAUUCUGUGAGGAGCUUGUAACCAGAUUUUUGGGUCUGCCAAGUGCACCUAUCUCUUGCUGAAUUGCUUUAAUAGAAUAAUGAGAGCAAGUUUGUCUAACCAAUACCAACCUGACAACUUGAAUAACAAUAAAUGCAAUUUGUACAUAAAAUAUAAUGCUGCAAAAGUUUGUCAUUCACCUCAAUGGAAUGACUUGAUAUUAGAUGGUUACCGUAGAUGAUGGUUGAUAUGAAAAUGGACAGGAAAGAAGCAUUUUCUGAAAGUUAUAUUUUUUGAACCACUUUCUAAACCAAGUUUUUAAUCUUCUUGGGUCUCAUAAUUACCUUUCACUUUAAUUUCACUUAGAGAUAUAACACAGAAAAAUGCCUUGAGGGCAAAAUAUAGGCAAAACACCAGUGCGCUUUGAAAUGCAUGAAAAUGGUGCAGUUGUACCCUUGAGCCUUGACUCAAGGGCUGUAGAAGACGUUCCCUUUCCACCCCCCACACUUGGUGCAUGUUCACAAAGCAAAUAUGGCCUGCAAUUCAAAUUUGUUCUAUGUGAUACUCUGAGUAAAAACUCUUACAUGCAGAAAAUUGUCUUUGCUCGAAAUGGUAAUGCCAAAAUAUAACUAUAUAUAUAAUUUGCAUUUAGUACAUUUUUGGUUAAAAAAUAAACUAAUAAAUAAGUGGAGUCAUCAGCAAAUUUA